GCUGAGCGGCGGCGCGGAGCGGGUGGGAUUCUCCAAGCCGCGGUGCGCCGUUGCCGCGGGCCGAGCGCGGGCUGCGGGUGAGCUGGGCGCUGCGCAGUCUCCGCAGGCGCCGGCGGGAGGGGUCGGGGCGCGGCGCGGGCUGCUCCAGGCCCAGGUGAAUGGAGUAACCUGACAGCGGGAACGAGGCGACGGCGAGCGGGAGGAAAUGGCGGCGGCGGCGGUGGCGCCGGGCGGCACCGGGAGGCCUGGGCUGUGACGCGCGUGCCGGAGCGGGGUCCGAUGGUUCUGGAAGGCCCGCGGCGCCCGGGACUGCAGGUAACCUAGGUUAUGAAUUAAUGCAGACUUGGAAACUCUGAAAGAACUUAGAAUCAGCAUUUUGAGAGCAGAAGCUUGGGCAUGCUGUGAUUUUCCAAUAAACUAUCACAAUGUCAAAAUGCAGUUCAGACAGCAGCAUCACAGAGAUCGCAGACAUUAAAACGGGCUCCAAUGACGAACCAAAGUACAGCACCACCAAAGUCCAACUUGGGGAACCAGUGAGUUUAUGGUCUUACUGAGUAUGGUGAGCUUACAGCAGUGUGUGGCCCCCAAAGCAGCCAACCCCUGGAAAGUCACACACCAGCAUGGACGACCUCACAGCUGCAUCGAUGGAGUCCCUCUUCUGUUAGCCUUCUGUCCAGGAUCCUCUGAGGCCAUGUGCAGUUAGGGCAGAGUUACAGGUGGCCGGGAGGUGCAGAGGGAGCAUCUGGAACCUCAGGUGAGGGCGUGAGACUCCCUACCUCCUAUGAGGGAAGCAAGCUGUGCUAGAACAAAAUGCAAUGAGAGAAACACUGGAUGAAUGAAAAGCCCUGCUUUGCAACCCCUCAGCAUGGCAGGCCUGCAGCUCAUGACCCCUGCUUCCUCACCAAUGGGUCCUUUCUUUGGACUGCCAUGGCAACAAGAAGCAAUUCAUGAUAACAUUUAUACGCCAAGAAAAUAUCAGGUUGAACUGCUGGAAGCAGCUCUGGAUCAUAACACCAUUGUCUGUUUAAACACUGGCUCAGGGAAGACGUUUAUUGCAGUACUACUCACUAAAGAGCUGUCCUAUCAGAUCAGGGGAGACCUCAGCCCAGACGGAAAAAGGACCGUGUUCCUGGUCAACUCUGCAAACCAGGUUGCUCAACAAGUGUCAGCUGUCAGAACUCACUCAGAUCUCAAGGUUGGGGAAUACUCAAACCUAGAAGUAAAUGCAUCUUGGACAAAAGAGAGAUGGAACCAAGAGUUUGCUAAGCACCAGGUUCUCAUUAUGACUUGCUGCGUCGCCUUGAAUGUUUUGAAAAAUGGUUACUUAUCACUGUCAGACAUUAACCUUUUGGUGUUUGAUGAGUGUCAUCUUGCAAUUUUAGACCACCCUUAUCGAGAAAUUAUGAAGCUCUGUGAAAGUUGUCCAUCAUGCCCUCGCAUUUUGGGACUAACUGCUUCCAUUUUAAAUGGGAAAUGUGAUCCAGAGGAAUUGGAAGAAAAGAUUCAGAAACUGGAGGAAAUUCUUAAGAGUAAUGCUGAAACUGCAACUGACCUGGUGGUAUUAGACAGAUACACUUCUCAGCCGUGCGAGAUUGUGGUAGAUUGUGGACCAUUUACUGACAGAAGUGGGCUUUAUGAAAGGCUGCAGAUGGAAUUAGAAGAAGCACUUAAUUUUAUCAAUGACUGUAAUGUAUCUGUACAUUCAAAGGAAAGAGAUUCUACUUUAAUUUCUAAACAGAUCCUGUCGGACUGCCGAGCAGUCUUGGUGGUUCUGGGGCCCUGGUGUGCAGACAAAGUAGCAGGAAUGAUGGUGAGAGAGCUUCAGAAAUACAUCAAACACGAGCAGGAGGAGCUGCACAGGAGGUUCUUGUUGUUUACAGACACUUUGCUAAGGAAGAUACAUGCACUAUGUGAAGAGUACUUCUCACCUGCCUCUCUUGACCUGAAAUUUGUAACUCCCAAAGUAAUAAAACUGCUUGAAAUCUUGCGCAAAUAUAAACCGUAUGAGCGACAGCAGUUUGAAAGUGUUGAGUGGUAUAAUAAUAGGAAUCAGGAUAAUUAUGUGUCUUGGAGUGAUUCUGAGGAUGAUGAUGAGGAUGAAGAAAUUGAAGAAAAAGAAAAGCCAGAGACAAAUUUUCCUUCUCCAUUUACCAAUAUUUUAUGUGGAAUUAUUUUUGUGGAAAGAAGAUACACUGCAGUUGUCCUAAACAGAUUGAUAAAGGAAGCUGGCAAACAAGAUCCAGAGUUGGCUUAUAUCAGCAGCAACUUCAUAACUGGACACGGCAUUGGGAAGAGCCAACCUCGAAACAAACAGAUGGAAGCAGAAUUUAGAAAGCAGGAAGAGGUACUUAGGAAAUUUCGAGCUCAUGAAACCAACCUGCUUAUUGCAACAAGUAUUGUAGAAGAGGGUGUUGAUAUACCAAAAUGCAACUUGGUGGUUCGUUUUGAUUUGCCCACAGAGUAUCGAUCCUAUGUUCAAUCUAAAGGAAGAGCAAGAGCACCGAUCUCUAAUUAUGUAAUGUUAGCAGAUACAGACAAAAUAAAGAGUUUUGAAGAAGACCUUAAAACUUACAAAGCUAUAGAAAAGAUCUUAAGAAACAAAUGUUCCAAGUCAGUGGAUGGUGGUGAGGCUGAUGUUGAUGCUGUUGUGGAUGAUGAUGAUGUUUUCCCACCAUAUGUGUUGAGGCCUGAUGAUGGGGGUCCACGAGUCACAAUCAACACUGCCAUUGGACAUAUCAAUAGAUACUGUGCUCGAUUACCAAGUGAUCCGUUUACUCAUCUAGCUCCCAAAUGUAGAACCCGAGAGUUGCCUGAUGGUACAUUUUAUUCAACUCUUUAUCUUCCGAUUAACUCACCUCUUCGAGCCUCCAUUGUUGGCCCACCAAUGGGCUGUGUACGAUUGGCUGAAAGAGUUGUAGCUCUCAUUUGCUGCGAAAAACUGCACAAAAUUGGUGAGCUGGAUGAACAUUUGAUGCCAGUUGGGAAAGAGACUGUUAAAUAUGAGGAAGAGCUUGACUUACAUGACGAAGAAGAAACCAGUGUUCCUGGAAGACCAGGGUCCACAAAGCGAAGGCAGUGCUACCCCAAAGCAAUUCCAGAGUGCUUGAGGGGUAGUUACCCCAAAGCUGGCCAGCCUUGUUACCUGUAUGUGAUAGGAAUGGUCCUAACGACCCCACUCCCUGAUGAGCUCAACUUCAGGAGGCGGAAGCUCUACCCUCCCGAGGAUACCACCAGAUGCUUUGGGAUACUGACAGCCAAACCCAUACCUCAGAUCCCGCACUUUCCCGUGUAUACACGCUCUGGGGAGCUCACCGUAUCCAUCGAGCUGAGGAAGUCUGCUUUCACACUGUCCCAACAAAUGCUUGACUUGGUUACGAGGCUUCACCAGUAUAUAUUCUCACAGAUUCUUCGGCUGGAGAAACCCGCACUAGAGUUCAAACCUAUAGGCGCUGACUCAGCAUACUGUGUUCUACCUCUUAACGUUGUUCAUGACUCCAGCACUUUGGACAUUGACUUUAAAUUCAUGGAGGAUAUCGAGAAAUCUGAAGCUCGUAUAGGCAUUCCCAGUACAAAGUAUUCAAAAGAAACACCAUUUGUUUUUAAAUUAGAAGAUUACCAAGAUGCAGUUAUCAUUCCAAGAUACCGAAAUUUUGAUCAGCCUCAUCGAUUUUAUGUAGCUGAUGUGUACACUGACCUUACCCCACUCAGUAAAUUUCCUUCCCCUGAGUAUGAAACUUUUGCAGAAUAUUAUAAAACAAAGUAUAACCUUGACCUGACCAAUCUCAACCAACCACUGCUGGAUGUGGACCACACAUCUUCCAGACUUAAUCUUUUGACACCUCGACAUUUGAAUCAGAAGGGGAAAGCACUUCCUCUAAGCAGUGCUGAAAAGAGGAAAGCCAAAUGGGAAAGUCUGCAGAAUAAACAGAUACUAGUUCCAGAACUCUGUGCUAUACAUCCAAUUCCAGCAUCGCUGUGGAGAAAAGCAGUUUGUCUCCCCAGCAUACUUUAUCGCCUUCACUGCCUUUUGACUGCAGAGGAGCUAAGAGCCCAGACAGCUGGAGAUGCUGGUGUGGGUGUCAGAUCACUUCCUGUGGAUUUUAGAUACCCUAAUUUAGACUUCGGGUGGAAAAAAUCUAUCGACAGUAAGUCUUUCAUCUCAGUUUCUAACUCCUCUUUGGCUGAAAACGAUAAUUACUGUAAGCACAGCACAAUUGUAGUCCCUGAAAAUGCUGCACAUCAAGGUGCUAAUAGAACCUCCUUAGAAAAUCAUGACCAAAUGUCUGUGAACUGCAGAAGGUUGCCCGCCGAGCCACCUGGUAAGCUCCAAAUUGAAGUUUCAACGGAUCUUACAGCAAUUAAUGGUCUUUCUUACAAUAAAAAUCUUGCCAAUGGCAGUUAUGAUUUAGCUAACAGAGACUUUUGCCAAGGAAAUCAGCUGAAUUACUACAAGCAGGAAAUACCUGUACAACCAACUACCUCAUAUCCCAUUCAGAAUUUAUACAGUUAUGAGAACCAGCCCAAGCCCAGCGAUGAAUGUACUCUGAGUAAUAAAUACCUUGAUGGAAACGCUAACACAUCUACCUCAGAUGGAAGUCCCGUGGUGUCCGUGAUGCCUGGUACGACAGAUGCUGUUAAAGCACCCAAGGACAGGAUGGAUUCUGAGCAGAGCCCUUCAGCUGGGUACUCCUCAAGAACUCUUGGCCCCAAUCCUGGACUGAUUCUUCAGGCUUUGACUCUGUCAAAUGCUAGCGAUGGGUUUAACCUGGAGCGGCUUGAAAUGCUUGGUGAUUCCUUUUUAAAGCAUGCUAUCACCACAUAUCUAUUUUGCACUUACCCUGAUGCUCAUGAGGGCCGCCUUUCGUAUAUGAGAAGCAAAAAGGUCAGCAACUGUAACCUGUAUCGCCUUGGCAAGAAGAAGGGACUGCCAAGCCGCAUGGUGGUGUCCAUAUUUGAUCCUCCUGUGAACUGGCUUCCUCCUGGUUAUGUGGUAAAUCAAGACAGAAGUAGCACAGAUAAACGGGAGAAGGAGGAAAUGACAAAAGACUGCUUGCUGGCUAAUGGUAAACUGGGCGAGGACUGUGAGGAGGAAGAAGACGAGGAGGAUGAGGAGGACGAGGAGGAUGAGGAGGAGGAAGACGAAGAGGAGGAGGACCUGCCGUGGAGAGCUCCCAAGGAAGAGGCUGAGUUUGAAGAUGAUUUCCUGGAGUACGAUCAGGAACACAUCCAGUUUAUAGACAACAUGUUAAUGGGGUCAGGAGCCUUUGUAAAGAAAAUUUCUCUUUCUCCUUUUUCAACCACUGAUUCUGCAUAUGAAUGGAAAAUGCCCAAAAAGUCCUCCUUAGGCAAUAUGCCGUUUUCCUCAGAUUUCGAGGACUUUGACUACAGCUCUUGGGAUGCGAUGUGCUAUCUGGAUCCUAGCAAAGCCGUUGAGGAGGAUGACUUUGUGGUGGGCUUCUGGAAUCCGUCAGAAGAAAACUGUGGCGUUGACACAGGGAAGCAGUCUAUUUCUUACGACUUGCACACAGAGCAGUGCAUUGCUGACAAAAGCAUAGCGGACUGUGUGGAGGCCCUGCUGGGCUGCUAUUUGACCAGCUGUGGCGAGAGGGCUGCUCAGCUUUUCCUCUGUUCGCUGGGGCUGAAGGUGCUCCCCGUCAUUAAAAGGACCGGUGGGGAAAAGGCCCUGUGUCCUGCUCAGGGGACUCUGAGCAGCCAACAAAAGGGCCUUUCAGGAGGCUGCACUGAUGCAACUGGUCCGUGUUCCUCUGCUGGGAAAGAUUUGGAGUACGGCUGCUUGAAGAUCCCACCGAGGUGUAUGUUUGACCAUCCAGAUGCAGAGAAAACUCUGAGUCACCUGAUCUCGGGGUUUGAAAAUUUUGAGAAGAAAAUCAACUACAGAUUCAAGAAUAAGGCUUACCUUCUGCAGGCUUUUACACACGCCUCCUACCACUACAACACUAUUACUGAUUGUUACCAGCGCCUAGAAUUCCUGGGAGAUGCGAUUUUGGACUACCUCAUAACCAAGCACCUUUACGAAGACCCACGGCAGCACUCCCCAGGGGUCCUCACUGACCUGCGCUCUGCCCUGGUCAACAACACCAUCUUCGCAUCUCUGGCUGUGAAGUAUGACUACCAUAAAUACUUCAAAGCUGUUUCUCCCGAGCUCUUCCAUGUCAUCGAUGACUUUGUGCAGUUUCAGCUCGAGAAGAACGAGAUGCAAGGCAUGGAUUCUGAGCUUAGGAGAUCCGAGGAGGAUGAAGAAAAAGAAGAAGAUAUUGAAGUUCCAAAGGCCAUGGGGGAUAUUUUUGAGUCCCUGGCUGGUGCCAUUUACAUGGACAGUGGGAUGUCCCUGGAGGUAGUCUGGCAGGUGUAUUAUCCAAUGAUGCGGCCACUGAUAGAAAAAUUUUCUGCAAAUGUGCCCCGUUCUCCAGUUCGAGAAUUGCUUGAGAUGGAACCAGAAACCGCCAAAUUUAGCCCGGCGGAGAGAACUUAUGACGGGAAGGUCAGAGUCACCGUGGAAGUCGUAGGAAAGGGGAAGUUUAAAGGUGUCGGCCGAAGCUACAGGAUUGCCAAAUCUGCCGCAGCAAGAAGAGCCCUCCGCAGCCUCAAAGCCAACCAACCUCAGGUUCCCAACAGCUGAGACCUGGGCAGCCUCAGCAGACAGCAGAACGGUGACCAGAAUCAGGAAGCAUUGCAGUGAGAAGGAUGAUUCGCGUUGCCGUGGAGCAGAACAAAUUGAGGGCAGAAUUUAAAGUUUGAUAACAAGAUAGAUAACAGAAUAAAACAUUUAACAUA